GUAAAGAAAAAAAAUUCGGGGGAAGUGUUGAUGGUUUGGCAAGAGCGGGACGUGGCGCGGAAUGCUCUGUGAUCCGUUGCCCAAUCAAGCAACGAUGGCUCAUGUUCCGUGCCUUCCUGGUUCUGAAAGAAGAAGAAGAAGAAAGAAGGUGAAACAUGGAGUUGUGGAACAAAGCUCGGAGCUUUGCGGAGGAAACAGCCAAGCGCACUCAGGAGAUCACAAAGGAAGCCGCAAAGAGAUCCCAAGACCUGCCCUUGGGCGCUACGAAAUUUUCCGAGGUUGUAGCGGAGGCCACCAAGCGCUCCAAGGAAAUCGCGGCUGAAGCGUCCAAGCGAGCCGACCAGCUCAGACUCGAAGCCAUCAAGCGAGCCGAGGGAAUCAAAACAUUCGCCGAUGGGAUUAAUGCCCCGGGUCGCAUUGCGCUCCUCGAACCCUAUGUGGGCUCUGACAUCGAUGAGAAGGGUCUCGAAAGGUUUGGCAUCACCGACGAGUUGAGAGAGUUCGUUCAGGGGAUCACUCUGACCACAUUUCAAGAUUUCCCUCUCGCAGAUGAUAUCCAGGAGCCUGAUGUUCCUGCAGUUUCGAAUGUGUCCCCCGAUCUUAGCGAGUGGCAAGAAAAACACGCCACUCUCGUUCUUUCUAAAGUCAAGGAGAUUUCAAAAUUAAGAUACGAGCUUUGUCCCCGUGUCAUGAAAGAGAGGAAAUUCUGGAAAAUAUAUUUUAUACUUGUGCACAAUCAUAUUGCACCCUAUCAGAAGCAGUAUAUGGAAGAUGCUAAAGUCAAAUCGUCUGACCAAGAAAAGGAUCAACAAGCAAUGAAGCCACCAAAUGUUGGAUUGGCCUCUAAUCAAGUGAUAGAAGUGAAAAAGAACGGACCUACAACCUCAACUGAGCAAGACUUGGAUGUAUUUCUCCUGGGAGAUAUAGGUGACAGUGAUGAUGAAGCAGAUGAUGGAAGUGGAGACAUCGAUUUUGGUCUGGACAAAAUGAAUAAUUUGGAUGAUAAGAAAGAGAAGUCGUAGAUGUGGAGACAACAUUGCGGAGAAUAUUCAUCAUGAAAUGUAUCUUCAAGGAAUGGCAUAAUAGACUGUAUGAUUAGGGACCGUGGCUGCGCUGUUUCAUGAUUUCACCACUUGUUCUUCUUCCAACCCAGUCGGGGCCGUGGUUUUGUCUUGUAAAGCAGGUUUUCUUUAUGAUGUAUAUGUUUUGGAAUACGUAAUUUUUUGUAUGUAUAUAAAAGCAU